AUGAGCAGAAUAUGUAUUAUUCCUAGUUUAUACUUGCACAUGCUACUCAUACUAGCUUGCUUUGCUCUAAGCAAUGCCGUUCAGUCAGACAUCGAUUGCCUGAGAUCGAUCAAGAAAUCGCUCCAAGAUACUUAUAGCGUGUUAGUAUCGUGGGAUUUUAGUAAUGAGGCUGAAGGUUUCAUAUGUCGCUUUACUGGUGUCGAAUGCUGGCACAUUGAUGAGAGCAGGGUUAUGAAUCUUCGACUAUCAGACAUAGGACUGAGAGGAGCAUUUCCAUUGGGCUUAAAAAACUGCACCAGCCUAACAACGUUAGACCUCUCUCGCAACCAACUCCAAGGACCCCUUCCCACCAAUUUAACAGAUGUUAUACCUUUUGUCUCCUCUCUAGAUCUGUCAUACAACAGUUUCUCCGGUCCAAUUCCACCUAGCCUUGCUAAUUGCAGCUUCAUUAAUAUUCUGAAGCUUAAUAACAAUCACCUAACUGGCGAAAUCCCACCACAAUUGGGGGGACUUAAUCGCCUCAGCGAUUUUAGUGUCGCAAACAAUAGAUUAUCAGGACCUGUACCCUAUUUUUACAAUGCCACCGCUGCUGCAGGUAGUUAUAUAAACAACUUAGGACUUUGUGGAGGUCCGUUGAGUCCCUGCAAGAAUGAUCAAGGCCAUACAAAUCCCUUUAAUAUUAUUAUUAAUUUUGAACGGCACAUAGAUCCCUUUAUUUUUGGGUUUCAAGUCGGUUUUACUCCUGCUAUCUUAAGUACUUUGCUGAUGUUCUUCUUUUUUCCAAGAGGUGCCUCUAGGCUGUCUAUAAGCCUCGUGAUUACUUAUCAUUUCAUUACCAAGAAAAUACUAAUGGGUAGGAGGCAGCGUCUGAUUGAAGAAAUCUUUCAAAUCCAGUUAACUGAGGAUAGUGGAAGCGAAGAGAGCAAGGUAACUGCCAUGGAAAAGUACAUACGCCGAAUGAGUUUGGAGGAGAUUGAAAUGGCAACCAAUAAUUUUGACAUUGAAAAAGUGAUUGGCCGUGGAAACAUGGGACUCAUGUACAAGGCUAUGUUAUCAAACGGUUUGUUGCUUGCAGUCAAAAGGCUCCAUAAGUUUGAGAGCUUUAAAAAGGAGUUCUUAUUAGAAAUAGAAAUUUUAGGAAGACUGCGGCACACAAACUUAGUACCACUUCUAGCUUUUUGCUUUGAAAUGGAGAAGAAAUUUCUAGUAUAUAAAUACAUGAGCAAUCGAACCCUCCAUCAAUGGCUACAUUGUAUGCCACAAGUGGAAGGUAAGAAGAUGGGAUGGACUCUACGGUUUAGGAUCGCCAUAGGAAUAGCACGAGGACUUGCGUGGCUACAUCACAACAAUGUGCUCCGGGUAGCCCAUUGCAAAAUCAACUCAAACUGUAUAUUACUAGAUGAUGAGUUUGAGCCCAAGAUAUCAAAUUUUGGCAAUUCAAAAAUCUUGAUGAAUACAAGCGGCAUCCCAUCAAGUUGUUGCAAUUUUGUUGUUCCAGAAUUUAGUCUCGGUCCUUACAAGGAGGACGUUUAUAGCUUUGGGAUUGUGUUGCUUGAAUUGAUUUCUGGUAGAGAACCAUCGACAUGGAUCAACUCUAGUACGGAAUUGUAUGUGAUUGAUGGAUGCUUGGCGGAACAAGGAUUUGAUGAGGAAAUUUAUGGCACGCUUAGAAUAGCCAAGAACUGCAUCCGAGUACAAAAUGAUAGAGAAUUGAGCAUGCUUCAAGUACAUCAAGCAAUGUGUGCCAUUUCAAAAACAAGAAAUGAAAUUUCUGUUGAUUAAUUUAUGUAUUGAUGUAAGGUGUGUUAAA